AAAAGGCUUAACUUGCUGUUCUUCGAUGUUACUGACGUUUGUUAUGUUUUCCUGGUAACUUUUGAAGUUGAUAUUUGGAAUCUCAAAAGCGUUAUGAUUUAAUGUUUGGAAGUAUCAGACCUGUUUUUGCUGAUGAGAAAGCAAUGCCAGGUUCUGUGAAUCCACCUGAAGAGAGGAUGGAUGUUGAUCCUUCUCCACUUCUGAAAAUGCAAACCCAAGCAAAUGGUCUGAUGGGUUUUGAAAAUGGAAGAACUGGACAGAUUUCUGGCUGUAGAAAAUUAAAAAUAAACUUUAAAGAUGCAAAUAACAAACCUUUUAUCGAUGACCUCUGGUUUAAUAAACUCAAACAACUAACGGCUACAAAAUGCAAAGCAGAAAAUGCUGUCUAUUUACAAUCAUUAUCAGAUCUUACUACAAAUCUUGAAGGUGUGGUUCAUCAAGCAGAAGAAUUUUCAAACAAAAUAAAAAGUUUUAUUGCUAACAAGAAUUUCCUUUUCAAAACACCAAUUAACACCUUGAAAGUUCAUCCACAGUUUAAGAAUUCUACAUGUAGGAUACUUAGUGGUAACUCUGCUGGUUCAAAUGGUGUUAGUGAAACUUCUUUAAAUGAUUCGUCAUGUACAGAUGGUUUAGAAAUAGUGAAUAUGGUACCAGCAAGACUUCAAAGGGACCUUCCUCCUACUGGUGAACUUAAAAGAAGGAAUGUACAUGCAGGAUCUAAAGUUUGGGCAAUGAAGACUACUCUUUUAGGUAUAUGGGUGAAAGCAACAGUUUUAUCAGUACGUUCCACUCAAGAACCAACAAUAUAUAAAGUGCGCUUUGAUAAUUUUAAAACUUUGGGACCUAAAGUAUUCAAUGGUAAGAGUCUAGCAUACAUGACACCUUCAGAGGUAUCUGUGCCAGUUGGAACCAGAAUAAUUGCCCGUUACACAGAUGAAGUUAAGUCGAACUUGUAUGCUGGAAUAGUUGCUGAGCCACCUAAAGUUACCAAUCGUGGCAGGUACUUGAUAUUUUUUGAUGAUGGAUAUGCUCAGUAUGUUUAUCAUGAAGACGUGUUUGUUGUGCUUUCUCAAAGUAAUGAUGUAGCUGAUGAUAUCCAUGAGGAUUUAAGAGAUUUUAUGAGAGCUUAUUUAGCUAAAUAUCCUGAGCUUGUCUAUGAUUAG